CUGCUUGCUUGCCGGGAACAUUACCCAGGUACGCAACGACAAGAAGCCUCCCCAAAGGCUGCCUGAGAGUCUGCCGCUGCUGCUGCUUUCACAGGCCGCCGCUGGGGGCCCGUCCGUGUCCAGCCUAGCUAGCUGUCUCUUCCAGCUCUUGUUUUUUUCCCUUAGCUCCUCCAGCUGCCUCCGACCCCGACCCCGAUCCCGAAACGACCGCCUCGGCCCUCAGCCCCCCCAGCCUCACGCCCGCCAUGUCUGAAGAGGACCUGGACCUCGCCGCCCAGGACGCCCAAGGCUCCGGCCGCGUCGAUCGCGACCGCCGGGCGCCGCGCUUCAGCUGGACGCCCGCCUACGAGGCCACCUUCUUCCGCAGCCUGUGCGAGAGCGUCCAGCUGGGCAUGCGCGAGAACAGCAGCUUCAAGGCCGAGGCGUGGGAGCGCGCCAUGCUGGCCCUGCAGGAGCACCACGGCGCCUACCCGGCCAAGAGCCACCUGAUCAACAAGAGCGACAACGCCCGGAAGCGCUUCCGCCUGUGGCGCGGCCUGCGAGAGGACCCGGACUUUGUCUAUAACCCCGCGACGAGGACGGUGACGGCCACCGAGGAAGCUUGGAGAGCGCACAUCGAACGAGAGCCUCUGUCGCGAGCCCUGAGGGGACGGCCCUUUGACCAUGAGGAGUACAUGGAGGUGCUGUAUCCGGACGUGGUUGGGUCGGGAGGAGCGCCGAAGAGGAUCAUGAAGCCACGCCGAAAGACGGACGGCCAGCCUUGCGACGAGACGGAGAUGCCGGGGACGGGCGUGCUGAAUCUGCAGACGGAGCCGACACCCUUGGUGCAAGAACCCUCUGAGGGCCCGAACCAACAGCCGCCGCAGCCGCAGCCACAUCCGCACAAGGGCUCCCUGACUCAAGCGCCGACGGCGUCUUCGUCCGCAGCAGGUGUCCAGCAACGACCAACGACAGCACCCUCAAUACCUCGCAAUCUCACUGCCGGACAAGGCUCUGCCCUGACGCCUCCCGACGAGUCGAUCCCUCAGAGCCGAAAGAGACCCUCCCCCAUGGGGCGACAGUCUUCCGGCGACCUCGCUCAGUCAACAGCCGUUCCGGUUCUCGCACAGUCAGCCCUGCCGACCUCGCCGGAAAAGCGUCGCCGACUGUCGUCCCGAGACGAAUCCAAUGCCAGUAUCAGCACACCCACUCCAUUGUUGGGCUCCUCGGCUCUGUCAAGGCCCGCCAUCGAUGCUCGAACUCGCUCGGAAACCCAGAGUGCCGGGCUGCAAUCGAUACUGGAGGAGCUGUCAAAGACGAGCAGGGCUCGGAUGUGGAGAGAGGAGGCCGUCGAUAUCUUGUUUAAAGAGUUCGCAAGCGAGGACGCAGACCUGCAGAUCCAUAUAUCAGAGAACGUCUUGAGCGACGAGCACAAGGCCAUGGUGUUUUGCAAGAUGCCGCUGCAUCUGAGACAGCAUUGGGUCAAGAAGCAUCGCAGCCCUGCAUCAUAGGAACGGAAAAGAGCGACUUGGAAGAUACCCCCCCCUUGGCACUGGAUAGAUGGCCAAGAUGAUGGAAGCCGAAGCAUUUCCUUGUGGGUUGGAUGGAACCUUUCCUUUGUGCGAAAGACCGAACGGAGCAUUUUCUGGGCUGUUGGGAUAUAAAGCGAGCGGCGUGAUGGUGUCGAGGACUCGUGGGUGGGAGAGGCGCGUUGAGAGAGACCAUGAUACCCCGAUUCACGGCGUUGGAAUCACUUGUUGCAUUUCAGCGAAGAUUGUUGUCGUUGACCAUGGCGUUGGUGUGUCAUUGCGUUUGCAUGUCUGGCUCGCGGUCAUUGAACAAGCUGCUGUUUGUACCUGUUUUCGAUCUUGUCUUCUUCUUUGUCAUUGCCAUAUACCUGCUUUCCUGCUUUUUCAAACUCUGGCCUGACUUCGCCUUGACGACGAGGUUG